GAAAUACUACUAUCACCGACAAUUGCCUUGGGUUGUUUUCAUCUCAACUACUGUCAACCUCCAUACAUCUCUAUCGUCCGUCUGAACAACCGACAACCCAAAUUUUGAACAGUGACCAUGGCCGAACAAGUAGAUACCGCUACCGAUGUUAUCCAGCAGAACGCCGGCGCAGCCCAAUCAGCAGUCGAUUCAAAACGAGAUGCUGCCCUUGGUCCACUCAGAAGCCACCGUACCCCCCUCCCCAACGAACUCGCCGAAUUGACACCUGAAGAGCAACCGGGAGGAGGGAGGAAGAAGGACGAUAACACUCUAAGUAUUAACAUUGCGCUUGAUCUCCUCGUUGAAGUCCAUCUCACCGCCCGAGUUAAGGGUGAUAUUACCAUCGGUCUCCUGUAGAGCGGCAAAAUCAAAGUAAUCAAAGUAUUGUAGGGCACAGGCGAUUUUGUAGAAAACGACCUAUAGUGAGCCUUUGACGGCGUGUAUGGCCUAGAUAACCUGUGCAUAGCUUCUUGUACUUAGAACUUUACCCUUUCGUACCUCUCGUCAUGUAUCUUUUACCUUU